AGAAUAAAUUAUUGCAGAUUAUCGGACAGCUUUGCUAAGAUGGCGGCUUGCACCAUGAAGGCAACGUACCGUUUCGUGGUGUAUGCCAUUUUACUUUCGCUUCCAUCACACAUUCUUUUUGCAGCUGAGCAAGAAGACCCAGACCUUCCCAAAAUAGCAAUUGUUGGAGGUGGACUGGGAGGGACAGCAGCAGCUUAUUUUUUGCGACAACUAUUCGGUGAUCAGCUUCAAGUUGAUGUUUUUGAAGGGAAGAGUGUAGGUGGCCGUCUAGCCGUCAUCAGUAUUGAAGGCCAAGAGUAUGAAGCAGGAGGUGCAGUUAUCCAUCCUAGGAAUGAGUACAUGGUCAACCUCACAAAACUAUUGGGUCUUGAAAGGAGAAACCCAAAGGAUGAUGACGGCACCAUGGGUCUAUACAGCAAAGAUGGCCUCUUUUUUAAAACCAGCAUUUGGAAAGUUGUCACCAUAGCAAAACUCUUUUGGCGCUAUGGUUGGGACAUCAAGAGAAUAGGUGAAUGGGUUACUACCAUGAUGUCUUCUUUUAGCAGAAUCUAUGAGUAUCAGGAGAAAGGCAUGGCAUUUACAACAGUGGAGGAUAUGCUUAAAGCCAUGGAUGAACAGUUCAUUAACUACACACGCAUCUCUGCUCAGACCAUGUUUAAAGAUGCUGGGUUUUCUGAAAUUUUUAUCAAUGAACUUGUGAUGUCAGCAAUGAGGGUGAACUAUGGGCAGACUACAGAUACUCAUGGUUUUGUUGCUGCAGUGUCCAUGGCAGGGGUGGAGUCUGGUCUCUGGUCUGUAAAAGGAGGAAACAAAAAUGUUGCUGAAAGUCUGCUGAAGGCCUCCGGUGCAAGACUCAUCCAAGGAAAAGUUACCAACAUUAAUAUGAUGAAGAGUGCCACUGGCAUGCCCUCCUAUGAAGUACAGUACGAAAAGGCUGGGCAACAGGCAGACCAAGAGGAAUCUAUUGCAGAGUAUGACCUUGUUAUCAUGGCAACACCACUGGAUGGGAAUGCCAAGAUGAAGGUAGUAUUUGAAGGUUUUCCGAGCACAUUCAACAUUCCUAACAUACCUUUCCAUUCGUUGGAGGCUAUGUUUGUCUGUGGCCAUGUGAACCUAAGUACUUUUGGCAUGGAUCAGCAAGAUGAACUCCCUGACAGUAUAAUGACAACAAAUGCGGAAGUGUUCUUUAAUAGCAUUGGCUUGCUGGAACCUGUUGAUGAGAUAUCAAACAAAGCAGGCAAACCAGAGGAGAGUGAAGAAUAUGGUGUAUGGAAAGUGUUUUUGAACAAGGUCCCCACAGAAGCAGAGGUUCAAGCCCUAUUUGAUACUCGGAAGUCUGUCCAGCUGGUGAACUGGCUUGCCUAUCCUCAGUAUCAACCCACCAAAGAGCUGCCAUCAUUUGUUCUGUAUGAUCGACUGUACUUCAUUAAUGCCAUUGAAGCAGCUGCAUCAGCCAUGGAAAUGUCUGUUAUUGGUGCCAAGAAUGUUGCCUUGCUCGCCUACAACCAGUGGUACUCGCAUCUUGAUAAGAUUGAUGAGGUUCUAGUCCCAAGUGACUCUUCUCAAGACUCAGCUCAGGGCAAGCAGGCGCAGGAAUCAGUCAAGUCUGAGGAACUGUAGGAGGACAAUUCGAUAGCAUGUUUAAAGAUCAGUAUAAGUGCUUUGAGAACAGUGCCAUUCAUUCUUUUGUAGCUAUAUUUUUCUUUAGAAUGUUUGUUUUGGGAACUUUGCUGUUUGAUUGGGCAUUGGUGAUUCUGCUGUCAUUUGGGAUGUUCUAUGCACUUUGUGUGUGCGAGAUAGAGAGAGAUAUAUAAAGGGGAGGAUUAGGGAGGGAGAUUUGAUGUGCACUUGCCAUAAUGGGUUGAUAAAUUUUACUGAAAUAGCUGACAAUAUUUCAGUUACUUUGUUUCUAGUCUGAAUCAUUUUAGGUGACUACAUGGAGGGAGAUUAUGAUUAUUAUUUCUUAAUGCAUUUACAUUCAACAUCAUGUGCCUAUUAUUUAUUAUGAGUGAGAUAUUGAAAUAUGCAUUUAUAAAUACUUUCAGGGUGCCUCAGGAAGAAAGCCUAGGAAAAAUGCAAUAAAAAAUGUACAUCAUGAGAACAUUAAGGCAUAGUAUGCAGAUUCAUAAUAAAAUAAAAAAAAUUGCUGUAGUCUUAACAUUAGUAUAGAAUACUUGUCAUUAUCACUAUAAAAACUGAAAAAGAAUACAGGUAGGUAACAUGUGUUACACAAGUUCUGAGGCUUAUAAGUUAUAUAAGUGAACUUCAGUUUUGAUUUUGCCAGUGACACCUAUUCACUAUUUGUUUAACGUAUCAUCCUGAAGGAAAAGGGAAGAUGCUGCUAUGCCAAAACACUUGUCACACUUUUAUCAGAAAAGAGUUCUGUGGGGGAAGACAUUUUGCCUGUCCUAUGUUCUAUAUCACUUCUUUGUCAGGUUAUAAUUUAUGUGUUAAAAGUGUACGGUUUAUUAAAUGACUUGAUGAAUUUAAUCUA